AUGUCCACGCGCCACCUAUUUCCAUCACUGGACGGGCUUGUCCCCAAGGCUCUCCGCGGCAUCGUUGCUUCCAACCCUCGACUCAACCUAGACGAAGCCAACAAAGUGGUAUACGACUCCGAAGCACCUCGGUCCAAUGUCAGCAUUGUCAGUGGCGGAGGAUCUGGCCACGAACCUGCUUGGGCAGGUUACGUUGGCACCAACUUUCUCGCGGCAGCCGUAAUGGGAGAUGUCUUUGCUUCACCAAGCACCAAGCAGAUUCUGGCCGCGGUCGAGUCUGUGCCAUCCGACAAGGGCACUCUCCUUGUAAUUACGAACUACACAGGAGACUGCCUUCAUUUUGGACUCGCGGCGGAGAAGACCAAAGCCAAGGGCAACCCGUGUAAGAUGCUCAUCUGCGGCGAUGAUGUGUCGAUCGGGAAGAAGGGAGGCUCUCUGGUUGGAAGACGAGGCCUUGCCGGGCAAAUCGGUGUGCUCAAGGUUCUCGGCGCGGCAGCUGCUCAGGGGGCGACUCUGGAUGAGCUUUACGAUUUCGGUUCUGAAUUUGCCAACUCGAUUGUCAGCAUUUCUGCCACUCUCGACCAUUGCCACGUCCCGGGGAGGACCGAACACGGAGCCCUAGCAGAGGGCGAGCUUGAGCUGGGAACUGGACCACACAACGAGCCAGGCUACUGGAAGCUAUCACCAGCCCCUUCUGCCGAGGGACUCGUUCAGAAAAUCCUCAAGUACUGCCUGGACGAGACAGACCCUGAAAGAGGUUACGUCAAGUUCAACCCCGGUGACGAGACCGUCCUUUUGGUCAGCAACUUUGGCGGCAUGUCGAAUCUUGAGCUCGGCGGGCUCGUAGACGAGAUUCUCCAACAAUUGCUGAAAGACUGGAACAUCGAGCCAACUCGAGUGUACUCGGGAUGUCUAGAGACGUCACUCAACGCUCCGGCGUUCUCUGUUUCUAUCAUCAACAUCACUGCUGCCGCGGCUAACAGCGCCUACACCGUCGAUCAGAUCAAGGGCUUCUUCGAUGUCCAAACAGACACCGCAUGGGAAGCUGUUGCCGGAUACCAAAGCUACCCGCAGCGACGCAAGCGGGCCGAGCAGGUUGUCUCACCCCCAAAGGAGAUCAGGAGGGCAGUCGACGACUCCACAGACCUGAAGAUUGACCCAGCGUUGUUAGAAAGCAUGAUCAAGAGCGCCUGCAACGCAGUUUCAGCGGCAGAGCCUGAUCUUACAAAAUGGGACACGGUCAUGGGCGACGGCGACUGCGGUCUGACUCUCCAAACCGGAACCAACGCUCUGCUAGAUGCUCUCAAGACAAAGCAGGUUGCCGCCAAGGGCUCGGUGGUUGAGGUCCUGAACGAGUUGGAAGAUAUCGUCGAGGGCAAGAUGGGUGGGACACUGGGCGGUAUUCUCGGUAUCUUCUUCGUGUCGCUUCGGACGGCGCUUCAGGAGAAUAUCGGACUCGCGAAGGAACAGGGCGUGCCUGCGUUGUGGGGGAAGGCUUUGUCAACUGCCAUCAGCCAUUUGCGUCAGUAUACUCCGGCCAAGGUUGGUGAUCGUACGGUGAUGGACACACUCAUUCCCUUCGCCAUGGCCAUGGAAGAAGGACAAAGCUUUGAGCAGAGCGUCGCUGCGGCUGUCAAGGGAUCUGAAGGAACCAAGAAAUUGAAGCCAAAACUGGGCAGGGCUACUUACGUUGGUGUUGGUGCCGAUGACAACAAGGAGCUUCCUCCCGAUCCGGGUGCAUGGGGAGCCAUGGUCGGACUCCAGGGUCUCUUGUCGGCUCUUUGA